AUGUCGCACGGUGAAGCUGUUCCAUACAGUUUAUACGUCUACGCCCCGAACAAGAUCGCUCCAGCGGUCUUUGCGGGCCUCUACGCGGCUUCAACAGUCGGACACGUCUACCAGUGCUACCGCUAUAAAGCUUGGAAGUUGGUUGGGCUGCACGCAGCUUGUGCCUUUCUCUUCACUGCGGGGUAUGCCUUUCGAGAAUUCGGAGCAUUCCACUACUCGUACUUCGAGGACCUUGAUCUGAUCAUGUUUAUCCUCAGUCAGGUGUUCAUCUAUAUUUGCCCCCCCAUCCUCGAACUGAUCAAUUACAACAUCCUCGGCCACAUCUUCUACUAUGCGCCUUACAUAGCGCCCUUUCCUCCCGGCAAGGUCCUUGCCGUGUUCGGUCUGUUGAUGUUGUUCGUCGAAACUCUCAACGGACUUGGUGUCUCGUUCGCGUCCAACCCGAAGUCCCAGCCGACGAUACAGAAGAUGGGAGGCCACCUGACGAUCGCUGCCUUGUCCAUACAGUUCGUUCUGAUCGUCACAUUCGUCGCCCUGUCAGCCGUGUUCCACUGGCGCUUUGUCAAACUCAAGCUACAGUCCAAGGUCAUCAGCACUCUCCUGCCGGUCCUCUAUGCCAGCAUGCUGUUGAUCUUCAUCCGCUGCAUCUAUCGCCUCAUCGAGCACACGGGGCACACGGCAGUCGACCUGUCAGAUUUCGAUUCUCUCCAGGACCUGACGCCCAUUCUCAGAUACGAGGUCUUCUUCUACAUUUUCGAGGCUACAUUCAUGCUCAUCAACUCGGUCAUUUGGAAUAUCUGGAAUCCUGCUCGGUUCCUGCCCGCCGACUAUCACACGUAUCUUGCCCAGGAUGGGAGUGGAGAGACGCACGCCGAGGUGAACGAUGAGCGCACGCGGGCGCAGAAGAUUGGGGCGAAGCUCACAAUUGGAUUGUUCUUCCGCAAUAAGGAGGACCAGGGGUACUGGGAGCUGAAGGAGAACCUUACUCACACUCACGCCGUUCAACCCUGA